AUGAUGCUGAAGCACCGGCACACGGCCAGGGGUCUCCUCCAAGGAUCACUUUAUUUCAGAGCAAAACAGCUCUUAGAGGUGGACCUGAACUGUCAAAAGAACCUCUUUGGAAUGACCCGGCACAUAUUUAGAGAGCAAAAAUUUAUUGAGGUGGUGAGGGCUCUUCAGGGGUGUCCUUGGAAAGAAGAUAAGAAAGUACGCGACCUGCUAAACCCCUUCACUCUGUGGCUUGAAAAAGAAGACCCACUCUUCGAAACGCGUAGCCAGUUUGAACACUUUCACCCACCACCUCCGCCACUCGUUCUCAACCGCUGUACCUCACAGACACACCGCUCGCUGCUUCAGGCUCGCUGCUUCGGGCUCGCUGCUCGUGCCCUCCAGCGGUGUAGUCUCACCCCGACCUCAACAUCCACCUCCAGGGCGGAGUUUCAAAAAUGUUGCAACGCCUCCUACUCAGCCUUCGUGACGCAGGAGAACACUCCAAUCGGACGCACAAUCCACUUUGAUGGACAUGAAGGAAAGAAGAAGGUCACCGAGAGCCUUCACAGCCUGUUCCCAAAGAAUUCCCCCUUCCAGAAGCCAUUCAAAAGCUGUGCAGUGGUGGGCAAUGGCGGAAUUUUAAACAACAGCUUUUGCGGCGCUGAAAUCGACCACGCUGACUUUGUGUUUAGGAUGAAUUUACCUCCAAUGAACUGGACCAAUGAUGUGGGAACAAAGACCAAUGCCGUCACGGCAAACCCAAGCAUCUUAAUAGAUAAGUUCAGCAGUCUCUUGGACAAGCGGAAACCAUUCACCACAUUGAUGAAGGAGUAUGGCACUACUUUGAUCAUUCUCCCAGCGUUCUCCUACUUGCAGAACACAGAUGUCUCUCUUCGGGUACUGUACACCAUGGAGGACUUUGACUUGGACAGCAGAGUUGUCUUCUUCAACCCGGACUACCUCAGGAACCUGACCGCUUACUGGAAACAGAUGGGAAUCAAGUUUAAGCGGCUGUCUAGUGGCCUUAUGGUGGUGAGCGCAGCCAUUGAAGUUUGCGAUAAGGUGACCCUCUACGGCUUCUGGCCCUUUUCUCAAGGUUUGGAUGGCGUUCCGAUCCUUCACCACUAUUACGACAAUUCUCUACCGAUACCCGGAGUCCACUCCAUGCCCGAGGAAUUUUAUCAAUACCUACAAAUGCACAUUCGAGGGUUGCUACGCCUGAACCUGGAACAAUGCUAGAGGU